AUGCACACUAAUAAACACAAGUGGGGCCACGAGGCAGAUAUAAUGAGGGUGCUGGAUGAUAUAGAGCACAACCUGUUUCUACCGCAGCGGCUUUUGCGCGAUGGUGUUGCUAGUGCUGCUAGUGCUGAUGAAUCACACGUUCAAUAUGGUACAGUCAAAGACUGCUCCGUGCUUACCUGCGGUUGCUGCAUAUCUGAAUCGCUGUUCCAUGAGCUAUGCAGGGGAACUUCAAGCCAACAAGCUGCUUGUCCCAUUUGCCAGCAAGAGAAUGUACAACUGCUUUCAGCCAUCACACCACUGCGUGAGUUGGCCCGUCAAAUUGACUUCUUCAGGAGUACUGCUGCACAGAAUGAAAGCAGGUACGAUGAGCACCCCGGUAUAACGAGGACUUCACCAUCGUUAUCAUCGGCGCUAUCGCUAACACCAUCGCGGUCUUCCUCCACUGUUGAGCUGGAAACAGACAAUAAGACACUGUCUAGCUCUACGGCAAAGGAGAAGUCAUCAUUGCUUGAACUCUUUCAUAUUGUAGCUUCGCGAAUACAUAAUUCGAACGCAGAGAUAAAGUCGGGCCAGCCACUUGCUAUUGGCACCGUUCAAGAACAAGAAGAACACAGCACCAAAGAGAACUAUUCAAGCAGUUUUCUCGAUCCUAAUUAUGAGGACCACACGAAUUGGAAAAUACUGGACAAUGCGUCGAACACAAGAACAGUGCCGAUAGACAACAAUUCCUCCUUGGUGUCCACAGACGUUACAGUGCCUUCCACGGCAACCUACCAGACGAAUAACGCACAUGAUGUGGACGAAGAGAAGGAAUACUUCUUCGCAAACUGUUUUCCCAUGUACCGAAAAAAAUUCCAGUUCAGCACACACCCCAAAUUCCUAGGGACAAAAUCCAAAUUAUUUAUCAACCAGAGCAUUUCUCCCGACUGUACCAAGUUCGCUCUCAUAACUGAACACAAGUGGGAAGUUUACUCGAUAAAUCCAAAGGACAAUUCUCCUCGGCUAAUAUCAUGUGGCAAGUCCAGUGGCGAAUAUGGACCUAACUUCAACCAACUAACGGAGCCAUCAUCGUCACUCUCGGCAACUUCUCAGGCAUCAAAAAAGAAAAAGAAGAGCUGGAGUCAACGUUUCUGCAAAUUAUCCAAUGAAUUCUUGAUAAUAUCGGGCUCGCAAAGCAUUCUCAAUAUCCACGACAUAAACCAAAAUGGCAAACUCAUCCACACCUACGUCUCGCGAUUCCCCAUUCGAUGCAUCGACAUAGACCCCAGUUCGCAGAUAAUAGCCUACGGAAUCACCGGUAAGGAUAGGCAUACGGGCGCAGAACAAGCAUUGGUAGUGAUCCAACAAAUUAUGAGGAAUAAAGUUACUUCAGAGCCUGAGUUUCCUCCACCAAUCACAAUAACACUUCCCUAUAGAGACCCCAUCAAUACAAUACAGCUUUCGCACGAUGCCAAGUACUUGACAUGUUCCACCGCGCUAGAGUCACGGUUCUUAAUCAUCUCCUUGCAGAAGAUUAACGAGCCCAGAUUGAUAAUGAAAAGCGUCCGAUCCAUCGACACCUCUUUGGAAUCUGAAGGUAUCACCGACACGAAACUCUUCCCGGGAAAUCCAAACCUGAUGUGUAUCACAUCCACAGCGUUCAACUCCUCUCCCCUAGUCAUAAACACGAAAAUCACCCAAAUAAACGGCGUGCGGUCUGUGGCCCAACCAUCCAUGCUAAUAAGAGUGGAUGAAAUCGGAUGCAAGAUUCAUAAAUGCGAAAUAUCGCCAAGAAACGACGCCAUUGCCUUCCUCGACCGGAACGGAUCAGUUUACAUUAUGUGUGCGCCCACCAUGAUUGACAACAAUGAAAAGAGAAGAACAAUUCUUGUUGAAACCGUGGCCAAUGCCUACAGAGCUUAUGAAUCCGCCACUUUGCGGUUUAACCCGGAGGGCAACAAGCUUUACAUCCUCGACAGAAAAGGAACCUUCUUUGUGGAGGAUUUUGCGUACGGCUUGCCCCAAUCUCGUGAAAUCACAAAAUGUAAGCAAAUAUUCCACAAGUAA